AGCCAGACUAUUGUUGCCUUUUAAAUAUUUAUUACGGUAACUAUUUUUUCUUUAUAUUGGGAUGACAAUCUUUUAUUACCAUUUCCUUUUUCCUGGAUCAUACCGUAUCUCUUCUCGUACAAGGAAUUGCAAAAAUGGAAUCAGGGAAUUAGGGCGUCUUAUUAGUAUUGGCAAGUCCACGAUGGGUCGCCUCCGAUAGGUCCAUUUCGAAAUUCCCUACCGUUGGGUUUGCCUCUCCCCUCCCCCUCCCCAACGGCUACCCUCUCCACGGGAGAUAAGCAUGGCGGCGGAGAGCCCCACGUCCGCCCUCCGACGGGCGGCGGCGGAGGCCAAGAACGGCGCUGGCCUUCUCAGCCCCCGGUUCCGCUCGGUCGCCGAGUUGGCCGGCUGGGACGAGGAGUCCAUCCUCCUCGCGGCGCUCGUCGUCGAGGACACCCCGGUCCGCGAAUCGCGCCGCAAGAGGCGCCCCUCCUCCUCCGCCUCUGCCGGGGGCAGCGCCGGAUCUAACACCAGGAAGCGGAGGUCGCGGAGGCAGUCGCCGGGCGAGACCCCGAUCCCGCCCGUGACGCUUGUGCUCGACGACGACGACGAGCCGAACAACCCUGCAGAUGCCAAGAAGGAGGAGGAGCAGAACAAGGUUUCUGCGGUGGAGGGGAAGGAGACGUCCGGAUCCGCCAAGGAAGCUGCGGCGAUGCCGUGCAUGGAUCGGCUGAGGGAGGAGCUGUCUUGCGCUAUUUGUUUGGACAUCUGCUUUGAGCCCAGCACCACGCCUUGUGGUCACAGCUUUUGCUUGCAAUGCUUGAAACAUGCCGCCUCUAAGUGUGGAAAGCGGUGCCCGAAAUGCCGUCAAUUAAUCAGCAAUUCAAGAUCUUGCACUAUCAACACAGUACUCUGGAACACCAUUCAACUCCUGUUUCCUAGUGAAGUUGAGGCGAGGAGGACCUCGAUUGGGUCAUGCUCAGCGAGUAUGGACGACGAUGUGAAGCAAAGCGUGCCAAGAAGCAGCAACUUUACACAAGGUGGCAUGAGAACUAGGAACACCAGUACCAGCUCCGUUGUGCAAGACAGCGCCAGAACAAACAGGAGCUUCGUAACUCCAGGUAGCAGAAGAAGCAUGCAGGGCCCUGGAAGCAUGAACACCAGCACUGGGAGUUUCGACACACAGGAUAGGAGGAGCACAAGAAGCAGAGGCAGCAGCAGAAGCUUUGUCCAGGCGUCGCAGCUGCUCGCCACCGGGGGGUCAGCCCAAUCUGAUGAUUCUGCACUGGCAUACAGGUUGCAACAGGAGGAGUUCAUGACGGCUUUCGAUACUGAAGAUGCAGAGAGGCAGCCGCAGAACGCAGUAUCUAUUGCCCGGGAUAACCUGAGGGCUAUGGCCUCUCGGAUGACGGCCUUCGAUACUGAAGAUAGAGAGAGGCAGCCACAGAACGCAGUAUCUACUGCCCGGGCAAACCUGAGAGCUAUGGCCUCUCGGGCUGUUCGCCUCCGUGCUCGCGGCUGGCCUCUUUAGAUUUGCCUGCUUUUCAGUUUCCCAAUACGUGAAUCUUCUUCUGGAAGACCAUACUCACCUGUACUAGCUUCACUUUACUUGUCAGUGUCUUCAACAGUUUGCAUUAUCCUUCUUUGUUUCAGAAAACCUUUAUGUGGCGUGUAUUCAGUUUACAUUUCAUUAAAGUCAAGUCAACAUUGUUGGCUCAAACUGUAGCCGGUUCAUCGUUUCAGUGACUCUUUAACCGUUAUCA